GGGCAGUGAGGCAGAGGUCGAGUUGGCGGGAAUGUUGUAAGCAAAAAAGCAUCGAGUCUAUCUCAGAAAUUUAAGAAAUUCGUCAAAAUUUGGGCGUUGGGCGACGACUUUGGUGGCGGCGACGGAGGGAGCAGAUCACUUGCAAUCCGCCCCCAAGGUCAAGAUCACCAAAACACCACGUCCACCAUGUGGAAGUUCCUUCAGAGCGGAAUCAAGUCCGUGCUCCUCUUCCUCUCUAAAAUUUGGAACUUUCUUCUGUUUUUUACUCGAAAAAGUGGUAGAAAGGUUCUACAACAUCAGACAAUUAAGUAUGAAAUAGUCCCUCUAUCUCCUUUAUCUAAGCAUCGUUUAAGUUUAGUUAAAAGAAAAGUCCUGGUGUUGGACUUGGAUGAGACGCUUAUACAUUCUCACCAUGAUGGGGUUCAAAGACAAACCGUAAAACCCGGCACACCACCUGACUUUAUUCUAAAAGUUACAAUCGAAAGGCAUCCUGUCCGAUUCUUUGUUCAUAAAAGACCUCACGUAGACUUCUUUCUAGACGUUGUUAGUAAAUGGUAUGAUCUUGUUGUAUUCACAGCAAGUAUGGAGAUAUAUGGCGCCGGUGUUGCAGAUAAACUCGACGCCAACCGCAAGAUAUUGCACACCCGCUACUAUCGUCAACAUUGCACCCUUGACCUAGGUUCAUAUACAAAAGACCUAAGCAACAUAUCCCAUGACCUUAGUUCUAUAUUCAUUCUUGACAAUUCUCCUGGCGCUUACCGAUCCUACCCAGCCAAUGCAAUGCCGAUCAAGUCUUGGUUUAGUGACCCAUCGGACACUGCCCUCUUGAAUCUACUCCCUGUCCUGGACGCCCUAAGAUUUACUCAAGAUGUUCGUUCCGUUCUCAGUAGAAACUUACAUGUUCACAGGCCCUGGUAGUGGUUGUAGUAGUAGGCACAGGUUGUGGUACUAUAAUGAGUAGAAGGGGGAGGAUAAGUAAAAUGAAAAUUAAUUACCGCGUGAGCGAUAAUGGUAUUAUGCCAAGCGUACAUUAUCCAACCAACACGUUAAUAAUUACUAUUACGUAUUUUAAUGAUUAUUAUAGUUAUUUAAGACGAUUAUCAUUAAUGAAGAAGCGAAUUUAACUUGACGAAGCGCAAGUGGCUGCGUGACGAACCACAGAAUAAGCCAACUUCCGUAUUGUACAUAGACUUUUUAUAAAUAUUAGUUAAAAAUUGCCUAUACAAAAUAUCCUGCUCUUAUGUAUUAGUCUCAACUUGAUAAAGUUCUUACUUAACUUUAGUCAGCCAGCCCUUAUAUGAAUAAUCACACACAAGAUGUGAUUUUAAUAAAAUGUAUACAUAUACACACAUCUACAUUAGUCGAUGACUUAUUUACUAAUAAGACUAUGAUAAUUAUUAUUAUGUUAAUAACUUUACUAUACAACACAUUAUGAUUGAUUCAUAUUUGUUAAAACUUGAUAAUACGUAAGAGAGCAUCAUUGUAAUAAUAUUGCGACUCAACCGUAAACGCAAAAUAUUAUUAUGUCAAUAAAUUUCCUACAACAAUA